AUGGUGGAUAACUAUGCAGUUAGAAAUCCAAUCUUCGAUGAGACAAAUUAUGCAUUUUGGAGUAUUAAAAUGAAAGCCUAUCUGAAUGCACUUGGUUAUGAUGUUUUGCAGUCCGUGGUGGACGGGUACACACCUCCGUCAACUCCUUCGACCGAUACGGGAGGAAAGAGGAAAAGUGAGAAUAAUGCUAAAGCAGAACAUGCCCUUCUAUGCAGUCUGGCAAAUUCCGAAUUUACGAAGGUUAUGCAUUGCAAAUCAGCCAAAGAGAUAUGGAACAAAUUAAAAGGUAUCUAUGAAGGGGAUGAAAAAGUAAGAGAAGCCAAGCUUCAAUCACUUAGAAUGAAAUAUGAAAGUCUUAAAAUGAAGGAAGAUGAAGACAUCGCUGCCUACUUCUUGCAUGUGGAUGAAAUUAUGAACGCAUUCACAGCAUUGGGAGAAGAAGUUGAAGACACACUCCUUGUUCGGAAAUUGCUAAGAACUUUGACAAUGAAAUUUGAUCCUAAGGUAUCAGCCAUAGAAGAAAUGAAGGAUUUGAAAACAUUGACAAAAGAUGAAUUGUUUGGAAUUCUCACAGCCUAUGAAAUGAGAACAAAAGACAAACCAUCUCAAAAGGAAGCAGCUUUCAAAAUAUCAAAGAAAGGCAAAAACAAAAACUGUGCACCAAAGGAGAGCUCAAGCAAUGAAUUAGAUGAGGCUGAAGCUUAUUUCAUGAGGAAAUUCAAAAAGGGCAAAGGCAAAUAUAAAGGCAAAUUUCCAUUUAAAUGUUUCAAUUGUGGUAAGGUAGGGCACUAUGCUUCAAAGUGUCCUCAAAAUGAAGGCGAUAGUAGUGAAGAGGAAAAGAAGAACUAUCCAAAGAAAAAAGGAAAGAAAUACUUCAAGAACUACUCAAAACAUAAGAAAAGCUUCUACUCUAAACAAAGCUCUAGUUCAUCAGAAGAAAGCUCUCAAGAUAUGUCCAGCAGUGAUGGAGAAGAAAUUCUUUUCAUGGCAAUGAAAGGCGCAAAUAAGGGUGAAUAA